CCCGCCCCCGCCCUUGCCAGGCGGCGGCCCCACAGCCCAGCCGAAUGGAGCCGCGCUGGGAUUGAGCGGGACGCAGACUAGAAGCCGCGUGUGCCAAGUUCGGAAGCGGCUGGAGAAGCUCUUCUGCUAGAAGCGAAUGCUAGAGAGUCCCGUCGGAGUGGGCGGCUAGGCAAGCUUGCAAAGAUGGGAGAACAACCUAUCUUCACCACCAGAGCACAUGUCUUCCAAAUAGACCCCAGCACUAAGAAGAACUGGAUGCCUGCAAGCAAGCAGGCAGUCACCGUUUCCUACUUCUAUGACAGCACAAGAAACAGCUAUCGGAUUAUCAGUGUGGAUGGAGCGAAGGUAAUCAUCAACAGCACAAUCACACCUAAUAUGACUUUCACCAAAACAUCGCAGAAAUUCGGCCAGUGGGCAGACAGCAGAGCAAACACUGUGUUUGGUUUGGGUUUUUCUUCUGAGCAACAGCUGACAAAGUUUGCAGAGAAAUUCCAAGAAGUGAAGGAAGCUGCCAAAUUAGCUAGAGACAAGUCUCAAGAGAAAAUCGAGACCUCAAGCAAUCAUUCUCAAGAAUCAGGAUGUGAAACCCCAUCUUCUACUCAGGCAUCAAGUGUGAAUGGAACAGACGAUGAAAAGGCAUCUCAUGGCCCUGCUGAAGCACAUCUAAAAUCGGAGAAUGAGAAGCUGAAACUGGCCCUUACACAGAGUGCCUCUAAUGUGAAGAAAUGGGAGAUUGAGCUGCAAACUCUGAGAGAAAGCAAUGCAAGAUUGACAGCAGCACUUCAAGAAUCCGCUGCCAGUGUAGAUCAGUGGAAAAAGCAGUUUUCUAUUUGCAGAGAUGAGAAUGAUCGACUCAGGAAUAAGAUUGAAGAACUAGAAGAACAAUGUAAUGAGAUAAAUAAGGAGAAAGAGAGGAACGCACAGCUGAGCAAGAGACUGGAGGCCCUGGAGUCGGAAAUUCAAGAAAAGGAGAGGGAAUUGAAAGAUCUCCGAAAACAAGGUGAAAUCAUACCUCAGCUCAUGUCGGAAUGUGAUUUUGUCACAGAGAAAUUAGAGGCUUCUGAGAGAGAAAAUCAAAAUCUCGAAGAUAAAGUGAGGUCUUUAAGGACAGACAUCGAGGAGAGUAAACACAGACAGCGCCACCUAAAAAUGGAACUCAAGAACUUUUUGGAGGUCCUUGAUGGGAAGAUCGAUGACUUGCAUGAUUUUCGGCGAGGGCUCUCCAAACUGGGAACAGAAAAUUAGGGUGUAAGUUGUGAUCUAGGCUCCAGGAGUUUGAUGUUUGUUAACUCUAAGUGUGUGUAUUACAAAAUAGGAACAGGAAGUACACCUUGUCUGCAUUUUUUUGUAAAUAGAGGCUCAGAGUUUGUUGUGUUUUCCAAUCACAUGUGCUGCUCACUAACUUCUGUCCAGAAUAGAAACCUUUGCUUGCUUCUCUGGGCUUGUGGACAGGUGGAGGAUCCUGCCUCAGGAAUCAGGAACUAGGUUUAUGUUAAAUGCAUAUGCAGUUAGUCAGUCUAGGGACAUCUAUAUUUCUUAAGGACUGUUGCAGCCACAGAAACACGAAGUAUUUUCUAAUCCAACUUCCAAAAUUCUAAGCAACCUGCAAUUUCAUUUCAUUCUCUUUUGUUAAAUGAGGUUCGAAUUAGUUGGGAUUCCUAAUCUCAUUGAUCCGAAAUAUAAUAGGGAUGAUUUCUGCUCUGGUACAUUUUGGAUUAGAUGAUUGUGAGGUCCUUUUGAAGUCUGUGAUUCCUGGCAGGUAUACAUUAGCUUUGGGAUAAGCUAUCUAAGACUCAUUGUGUAUCAGUGUAGUGAAUCCCUCAUAGUAGAAGUUGUGAUGCUUUAAAAAAAAUGAGUUAAUAGAAAUUUCAGGAGAAGAAAGGGAAUCAGGUUUUUAAAAAACAUAGGUAUGUCCUCUAAAUCAGCGCACCAUUUGCACAUGUCAUGCAUCAUGUGGUCUGCAGGACUGCAAAAUAACUUUCCUUUUAAUUAUUUUUAACUUACAAGUGGACAACCAUGAUAAAAAAGCAACAGACCAUGAAGGCUGAGUCUACGUGAAGAGUAGUAUUGUAAUCAAAUAAAACUUAUAACAAAUUUCAGCUGGCACAUAUUUAAUUUAUAUAUGCAUUAUAUAUAAUAUAUAAUUGCAUACCAUUCAGUUGGAUGCAGUGUGUGUGUAUACAUACAUGCAUACAUAAAUGCAUGCAUAUGUGUGUGAUAUACACACGCAUAUAUCUAAUAACCUAAUUACCAUUCAGCUGGAUGGUGUCUCUCUCUCACACACACACACACACACACACCCACACACACACACCCCCCCACACACACACCAUUCAGCUGAAUGAUAAUAGGCAAUAAAUAGUAUGCAAUUCACUUCAAUGACAUGUUACUUUUCCCACAGCCAAACCAAACCAUUUCUGGGGUUAGUCAAGGGAAAAUGGGAGGGAACUAGGUAGAUUAGGAACCUGUGGAUCCUAGAAAUUCCAGGUGACUGCAUAUAUGACCUUACUUCUCCAGUGGGGGACACCUACAGACAGAUGCUCUGGGUGCCACAAGAUGCCAGGUGCCACAAGAUGCUAUGUACCCCUAGGGCUAAGUGUGGGAGCCAGGAGCCCUUGAUUGUCUUGACGUAAGUCAGGGCAGUAGCCACUACCCUAACGUGAGAAUUUUUGCCUUUUAUUUAGGUGCAAGGUUCACAUCAGGGCAACCUCCUGUUCUAGGCUACAAGCAAUUGGAGGGGGGAAAAGGGAGAAGCAUGGCUGGAGUAUCUUCCUUCUAGCUACCAUCUCUCCUUUCCCAUUAGGGCUGUCUCUCAGAUCUCUGGGUUAUACAUGUGGAGGAACUCAGAGCAUCUUCCUCUUCCUCUUCUAUUCUUCCUUCAACUGAGGGGAGGGCUGUGGGGGAACACAAAUACUAUGUCCCCCCCACACCCACACACACACUUACUCUUACCAUCCCUUCCCCCAGAUGGCUUUAGGUUCCCUCAUUAGAGAAGGUUUUCUUGUCUCCAAAAUACCUCCCUCACUUUGCCUGAAGUUCUACCGACUAGACAUUUAUUUGAAUUAUCCAGCAGAUGUGGGCUGGGGGUAGGAGUUAAAAAGGAGCUAUCCUAUAAUCCCACUAACCCACUUUAAGUGAAUACUCAGUACCCUACAGCUUCGAUAGGAGAGAAAGACAGGUAACUGCAAUGAGGUCUUGGAAUACACAUCCAGAAAACUUUCUCAGUUUGUCCCAAGCUUAUGGUAUGUUUUUAGAGGAAAGAUGCCUGUAGCUGCCUUUGUCCCUAGACCAUAAAUAUAUGUUUCAUUGCCCAGGAGUCACCAUGCUUUGUUUUGGCUAGAGCCUUACUUAAAAGAAGGAUAUCAAAGGGGUUAUUGUGCUCAAAUGGCUGUCAUCCCUAAGGAAGCUUAGUGCCUCUCCUUGAAGGGUAGAGGGUGGGAGAGAAUUGUGCAUUUAGAGUCUAGGAUGGAGGCCAGCAGAGGUCUCUGUGACCAGUCACUGUCAGCGAAGGCCUUCCUAGAGAACACCGCUAAAGUUGUUCAGACCUCAGAACCAAUGGAGCAGUUGGUUCAGAUUUCCAGAAAUUACUUUGAAAUAUGCUGUCUGCCUCAACUCAGAAACCCUUAAAUGGUACAAUGAGGGCAAUAAAUGACCAACAUGGAACAACACAAAAGAAGAUCUUGAUGGAACAUAUUUUGGUCCCGCACUAAAGCCAUUUAAUGAGCAUUGGUAAAGAACAAGGUGUUAUAGAAUAAGACACGGGAACAUCUUUUGUGGAAAAGGUGAGUUUAGUGCAGUCUGAAGGGGGAAAAAACUUCAUAAAAGAACCUAUUGAUAAAUCAAUUCUGUUUUUGUUUGAGAACUGCCUCAAUGUUUUUCUUGCUUCUUUUUUCUUGCUCUGAGAAAAAAAGUCAGAUGGAGUCCUACAGAAAUUGGAUGAGUAAUUGCCAGUGUCUGAUAGACUGGUAUGUUGGGGUGAGUGUCAUAGGGUAAAGGGUAAAUUAUAAGAUUGAGUGUUUAAGUUUAUUCUAGUAUUGACUCAUGAAACAAUGAUGUAGCAGGCACUAGUUUGAUGAUAUACUUUUUCUCAGAGCAGACUUUCAAAAAGCAAAAUUUUUUGACUAAAACGCUUUGCCUUAGAUUUUAUUUUAAAUGGAGUAUAAUAAGGACAAAAUUCUCCUAGAUGUAUUGGGAUCCAAAUUAUAUUGGACUACCUGCAAGGCUUAGAAAUAAGAGUUUUUAGAUUCAACAUGGAGACUCUGUCAUCAGCCUUGACUCAUCCCUCCUUCUAUAUCUGUAAAACAUGGUGCCAUGCCUAAAAAGAAUAAAAUGAUGUGGACUUAUAAGGCUCCUCAGAAUGAAAGAAAAAUUACCUUGAGUGGUCAAGACGGUCACAAUGAGGGAUUGCUGAGAGUGUGUGCACAAAAUCAAGCGGAUUGGGAUAAAGAUAGUGGGAUCUGGCUUCCAAGGGUUUGGGGAAACAGUUGUGAUAAUAGUCCUUUAUGUUUUUGUGGUGUUUUAUGGUCUACAAAGCCUUUUCCCAUCUUCAAUCUCAUUUGAUCCUUGCAAUAACCCUUCUAUGGGGAGACAGAGCAGGGAUUCUUAUUCCCAUUUAACAGAGAAAGAAAUUGACGCUCAAAAUUUUGUGACCUCGCUUAGUGGUAGAGCCAGGCCUAGAAGAAUCAUCUCCUCUUGGUUCAGUCCUAUUUUCUAUGACAAUAUCCUGCCUUUCUAUUAAAAAUCUAUCAAACUCAGAGGUGAUUUUUUUUUCAUAACCUGAUUUGAGCUAUAAAAACAAUAUUGUUUUGAGCAUAUAAGUAUUGCUCUGGCUACUGUCUAUAGCAAGAAAGAACAGGUAACUCUCUAUUUACAAUGACAAUGAAUAUAUUUAGUUUUUUAAAAGAUUUGCAUUUGAUCACAGGUGUCAUCACAGGAAAGCACUGGCUAGGUCCCUACUGUGAAUGCAAGUAACCCUAACCCUAACCCUAACCCUUUUUUAAACAUUCAAAUGUAGUUUUUGUUUAUAUGUAGCACCCCUUUGGGUGUCUUUGCCUCCCCUCUUCAACUUGGACAAAGUCUGAAAGGGGAUUUGAUCCCUUAAACAGGUAUUACUAGCAGAACAAUUUAUUUAAAAUAAAAUUAUUAGGGGCAGCUAGGUGGCGCAGUGGAUAGAGCACC